AUGUAUCACCCGCCGACAGAAAACCAGCCAAACCGGUUAAAUGGCUACAGUCCUGUACCAGUUUAUCCGGCUUAUCCUGUUUAUGGCGAGGUCCCCAUAGACGUAGUCUGUCCGUACUGUCAGACGAGAGUUUUCACCGUCACUACCAAGGAAGAUGGAAACCUGACUUAUGCUGCAGCGAGUCUGCUGUGUUUUAUGGGGUAAGCGAAAGCUUACAGCAGUUCAAUUUUUCUUUUCUUCUUUGCUUUGUUUUCUUGUGAUGUGAAAACUGUGCGCCCUUAAAAGAUAGCCCGUUUCAGGCGUUCGUAUAGUGAGGGACGGAGCUAUUCUAAAAUCAAACAAGGGAAACAGAGAGAACUUCGCUCUUCAUUUUGCCCUGCUCACUUCUAACCUAACGCUUAGAACAGGCAAUGAAGUGGACUCACGUGAAAAUACAACCAUACUGAACCUUUGAACUUAAAGGGGAUUUACACGGUGACUUAUUUAAGUCGAGUCAAAGAACCGCUUUGUUGGUUCUGCAGUAACUUAAGUCUGUUUUACUUUUUGUUUUUGACGUGUUCGUUGUAUAAGAUUUGAAAGGGACAUACUCGGAACGUUUCAUAUAUCCAAAAAUCAAAUGUUCACUUCAACCACAGGAAAAAAUAACGGAUUCCCAUUUUUGGAUAUUUUAGGGUAUUUAAAGAAUACCCACAAAAAUCCUAAAUUUGGAAGAGUGAGACAAGUCCCAACCAGCGAAUUCCCAACCAAGUUCCCAGAUUGGGACUUGUCUCACUCUUCCAAAUUUAGGAUUUUUGUGGGUAUUCUUUAAAUACCCUAAAAUAUCCAAAAAUGGGAAUCCGUUAUUUUUUCCUGUGAACGAUUUAAAAGAGUAAGAUAACGUAAUUCUCUCGGUUCUCUGCAUAAGCGCGUAGUCUGGGAACUUUUUUUAAAACAGAGAGCUUAAUAUGAAACGACAGGGCAACACGUCAACUCCGAACGUGAAAAAGGAAAAAACGUGGGUUCAGUAAGUAAAACAACAGCUCUGCUCGUUCAGCAAUCCUCUAUUCAUUUCUUCCCCGUCACCGCAUGACACGACACGGUGCCACCUUAAAUUACUAGACAGAUUUCUGCGCAAACAAAAUUUGAAGUUCCCAGUUACAAUAACCGGAGUUGUUUUCUUAUGCGGCCUUCAGAAAUGGAUACAGUUUACGUAAAUUAAAAUUCACUUCGCGAUCUCUCUCGCUUAAAAUUUUUGCCCCACUAGACCACUACUAAGCAAAAAAGUGUCACACCGAAAAUUUACCGAUCAUACCCAAUUAACGGUCGAAGGCCGCUCAUUGAAACACAACAGGAUGUGAGAAACAAAAGCACCAUUGUCUUCCAAAAAUGCAACCUUAACAACAGGCAAAGUUUGAUACGAAUUUCUUUCUCUUUAAAUUGCACGUGGCCCCUAACAAAUUCAACCCCAGAAAGUGAACUGCCGGGAUAUUUGCGAUGACGUUUGAAAGAACGCACACUGCGACCACUGCCUCGUUGUUUCCUUUCUAAAGUGCGCUAACAUCGAGCAUUUGAAAGAAAGGCGCUGCUAGAAGAGUAAAAGAAAAGAACGUGGAUUCACUUCAGUUUUUUACUGACGUUUUCACUGCCGCUGUCUUGACGAUUUCUCGCCUCAUGUAAGGUAAUCCGGAAACCUUUUGCUUGUGGAAUCCGGAAUCUAGCAAAUUUUUGCCGUGGAAUCUGGAAUCCUGGGCGUUGGAAUCCUGAAUACAGCUUAAGGAAUCCGGAAUCCCACUAACGAUUGGAAUCCAGAACCAAGUUCCACUGACAAAGACCGGAAUCCAGUACCUGGAAUCUGGAAUCCGUGGCGUGGAAUCCAGAAUCCAGGAAUGUCUUGGAUUCCCUUAUAUGGGACGAGAUUUCGAAAGUUCUCCAAGUCUGGAUCAGAGUCUAGCCGAGGUGUCCAUUUGGAUAUUAGAUUUGUUAGCCUCUCCGAGAUGCUUUUCUCCUAAUUCUUAGAAAGACUUUAUCAGGGUGUGUGUUUGUGGAAGGGGGCGAUCGGGCAGUCUCCACCCGAAAGCGGUACCUUUUUCAGGCUUCAGGUAUAUAAAAGGGCGAGGAUGUCGCAAUCUGGCUGUACCGUUUUAAUUUAUUAACUUAUGUCUAUACCAUACCAGAAAGCUCUUAAGAACGAUUAUUUUGGAUCAGUUUCUUUAAUUGUAAGUUUGGCUUGCAUGUCAAGGCCAAGCUCCAUGAAGCCAACAAGUGUUUAUUUGUCAUCAGAAGCCUACGUAAGGAAGGAUAUACACAAGAUGAAAUAGACCAUCUCUUUAAUUCAAUUGUGAUCCCUAAGUUAUUAUACGGUCUUUCAGUUUAUGCUUCAAGUGUUUCCGAACUUACUGUUAUACAAAGGUUUUUAAAAAGAUGCUAUAAGAGGCGUUAUACGUCGGUUAAUUACAACAUAUAUGAACUUCUGGAGAAAAGCGACAGACGCCUUUUUUAUAACCUCAAACGCGAUGACCAUCCAUUAAAAAGCUUGCUCCCAAGGUACAAAGACUGUAUUGUAAACCUUCGUAGGAAAUCCAUUGUCAGGCCCAGCAUUAACACUGAACGUUUCAAAGAUAGCUUUUUUAAUAGAUUGAUUUUUAAAUAUAAUCUAGCUGUGUAAAUACCCCAUAUGUAUUUUUAAUCAAUUUAAUCUUUCUUUAUUCAUCUUGAUCAUUGUAAUUUUUUUUCUGUCAAUAUAUAUUUUUACUGUAACAUCAGAUAUGUAAUUUUAUCGGAUGCUUUUUAAUAACGUUAUUAUUAUUAUUAUUAUCAUUAUUAUUAAUAUUAUUAUUAUUAACGGUGCAAUUACAAAACUGCGCCGCGCCGAUCUUGAAAGUGAAUCGUUACAUAUCCGAUAUGUUUCCGAGACAUUCUUCGUGGCAGUGUGAAGAGGUGCAGGAUACGAUCUGUUAUGGUGAAGACCUCGGACGCUAUAUGAUCUAAAAUGGCAAUUGUUUUCCUACUUAAUUUUUUUAAGUAGGUAUGAAACAGUGCCAGAUCCAGACUUUGAGAUGGGGGGGGGGUCAUCCAGACCCUUAGAUAAGGGGGGGCCGGUCACCCCCCAAAACUUUUUUGGCCCUUUGGGCCUCAGUUUGGUGUAAAAAUUGGGGGGUGGCCUCCCCGGGCCCUCCCCUGGAUCUGCUACUGUGACAAGGCUACCCCUUUUUAAUGAAAGGUAAGGGGUACACUUUCUCUCACAAACUAAGAGGGUACGCGGUUGGAACAUGGGGUGAAGCCUCCCCAUGACUUUAUGACUUAUCAUCCAACUAAAUUGAUCAAAUGUUUACAUUCGUUGUCUAAUUCCGAGUCUCUUCUUGUUUCAGAUGUUGGCUGGGUUGCUGUCUUAUUCCAUUCUGCAUCGAUACAUGUAAAGAUGUUAUUCACACAUGUCCAAACUGCAGAGCACCACUGGGAAAGUUUAACAGACUUUGUUGA